CCCGACUGUCUCUCGAUUCUUUUAUUUUGUUACCGCCUCGCGUUUAACGCCCGCCAAGAGUUGCAACGCGCGAGAUGGAUACAUCCAGCCGAUAUCGCGGUGUGAAUGUAAAUUAAUUGAAAAAAUAUGUAGUGAUUAAGGGGACUGGAAGGAGAACGUGUGCGUCGAUCGGGGACUCUAUCUCGGUUUAUCGAAAAAGUGGUGCGUUCGCCUCUCGGAUUCUAAACGACUGCCAACUGGAUUACUGCAGUUCGCGCCCGCGAGACUAUCCGAGCGAACUUUUUCACACUUCUCGCUCGUCGAUCGCGAAUCGCACUUGGUGCUCGGUACGCGUGUUCAUUUUUUAUUGAACAACGAAAUAAGUGUAAGAAAUUGAAGAGAUCGUGAAAAAUUUACGUGAAAAUUUAUUUAAAAUACGUUUUACGUGAAACGAUAUAAACUGAGAUUUAAAAGUGUGAGAAGCUUUCGCGAAAGACGGGAUCACACCAGGAUGCGCCUCGUGCUCUUCUCUUAAUUUAUAUUCUAAUCUUUCGGAAAAGUAUGCCGCGGAUAAAUUCAUUGCCAUUUCAGCAAAUUGUUACGCGAGAGUCAUAGACAAAACUCGAACAAUCUCGUCGCAACUGAUUCGGACGAAACCAGAAAGUGCAACGCGAUCAUCGCAGCAUUCGUUCAUCAGAUAUUUCUAUCUACUAACCUGGACAAUGUUGCCCUGGAUCAUUAUCGGAAUCUGCGCCUCGAUCGUUUCGGCGAUACCGCCAAAAGUGAUCGACUUGUCCAACCGUGGGAUGAAGAAAGAGGAGUUUUUCACGAAGAUCCAGAAGCAGAUCAAUCUAGCAGAAGUCACCGAUCUGAAUCUUCGGGGGAACGAGUUCGACACCUUCCUCGACUGCUCGACGUAUCUCGAAAACCUGAAGACCCUCGAUCUCUCCCAGAAUCACCUCCAACGCUUCUUCUUCCUCUGUAAAGACGAAUACAAUUUGCAACAGUUAAACAUCAGUCACAACAAGCUCGAGUACAUUGACGAGAAUGGGUUCAACAAUCGAAUUCCAAAACUAACGAUUCUCGACGUAUCGUGGAACAAACUGUCCGUCGUUAACGAGACGAUGUUACAGCAUUUCAAAGUCUUGGAAUACCUUUCGUUGGCGAACAACCCGAUCAACGAAGGAAUCCACGAGAAUGCUUUUUGGAACUUGGUCGCGCUGCGAUAUUUGAAUCUCAGCAACAUCUCGGCGUCCUACUUCUCCUCGGAAAUGUUCAAAACGCUAUCUAACUUAUCCAAUCUAGAUUUAUCUUCGAAUCCCAUCAGCGUCGUUCCGUUACUGCCUGCCAAUUUAGAGGAGCUCGACAUAUCCGACACUCACGUAUGCCGAUUGCAAGGCGUGUAUUUGCCUCGAUUACGGGAACUCAAAAUGAACAACAUGCGACAACUAAGACAACUGAUUCUCAACGAUUUGGAAAAUUUCACGAGUUUGGAGACACUCACUUUGGACGGAUCGAAAAACCUGGCGUAUUUGACAAAAUGGCGUCCGUACGAAACAAUCCUGCUGCCCAGACUGCAGCGCCUCUCAAUGGCCAACUGCGCACUCAAAACUAUAGAGUAUAAUCUUGCAUCGAUAAUACCGAGAGUUCCAAUUUUGAAUUUAGAAAACAAUCCAUGGAAUUGCGACUGCAAAAUGAAGUGGUUGCAUGCAUCGAACGAGACGAGGAUCAUUGCCCGACAAAUCAAGUGUCGCACUCCAGAACAACACGCCGGGAAAGAAUUGAGUGAGGUGCCGAGUUACUAUCUCGCAUGCCAGGAAGAUUCGUCUUCGGUACUUCGUCCAGUUUUGUGGGCCAGCAUUUUGACACUGCUCUUGGCAAUUAUGUUAGUGUCGAUCUUUUUUCUACUGAGAGGGCCGCUCAGUCACUGGGACUGGGACAUCAGGCGAAAGAAUCACGACACGGUCAGUUAUACGAACGUCGACGAGACUUCGAACGAUCUGGUAAAAAUCUUAGCGCUCGGCGAGGGUGGUGAACGAAACGAUGAAUGAACGAACGAGCGAUCAGACGAAAGAACAUUAAAUUCACAGGAACCAGCAAUAUACUUAUAGAUAGAAUUGUUGAAAGUUGUUCGAAGUUAUCGCGAUUCGCAGGGAUGCUUCCACGAGAAAUUAAUCUAAUCCUAAAGUGAAUAUCGCACUCGAGGUGUCAAAGUAUGAAUCGGUGACGUCUUGAACUCUACAGAUAAGUUUAUAUCUCUCGCGAAAGAGAGAGGGAGAGAGAGAGAAUGAUAUUGCAAAUAGGGUUUAUCGACCAACGCUUUCUGCCCGUUUCGAUCGUCUUGCGUAAAUUUGCAUUUUCAAUUAUUAUAUGUGCAGUUAAUUUUCUAUACCGCGCACGGACGAGAAUUAACGGCGUCUUCGCAUAUAAAUAGAUUUAACGAGUAACAUUGUAUACGGUGGGAGUGGUUCAAUAGGCUUUGUGUCAAAUCGCCACGCGUCGUUGAAACGCGUAAAAACGAACCGUAAAUACCUGCGGGAGGGAGAGGCACAAUCGAUUCUAGCGCAUCCCUUAAAAAGUUCGAAGCAACGUUGUAGCGGCCCUCGAGUGCUCGGGCAUCGUCUGGGAGAGCGCGCGACUCACAAUGCCGGAGCCACUCGUUGAAUCGAAUAAAAACGUCUUUAUUGUCGGCAA